AUGGCAUUUAUCCACUUGUCUCAUGUGGAACAUCUGAUCCUGCCAAGCCAGGAUGGGCAGAAAUCAGAGAACCACAACCACAAGGAACCAAAGAGAAAGCUUGUUCCGGAAUCGUCAAGUCCCAAAACCUUUUCGGGCAGCGAUGAUGAUCAAGUGGAAGCAAGCAGGGACAACCUAAGCAGGAGCAGCACCGACAACCUCCUGGACCACAAUGCUGAUGACUCUCGUCCUCUCAUUCCCGACAACAGCUGCCCGUCGUCCAGCACUCCAAACAUAACCUUUGCUGCCCCUCCCGUCCUCAAUCACCCCUCCACCAGUCGGCUGGCUGGUAGUCUGCAGUUGAGAACCAUCGCUGGGAUCUCUGAGGAGGCGCGAUCCAUGUCGAUGAUCGUUCACCCUGGCAGCGUGCGCAGGAAUUAUGAGCCUGUACAGCAGGAGAUGGACAACUCCACUAGUGUGCCCACAACACCUGUCCCAUCAAAUCCAGCCCCACGGGCGAUAGACUACAACAUCUAUGCCACCAAGAAGACGGUCUGUGAGGGCCUGUUGGCCGUGGCCCUGCUGAUGGCCAAUGCCUCUCAGCUCAAGAGUCUCAUCAGCGUGGGCCAAGACUUCCGUUUCUUCCGCUUCGUCACGGCGCUCAUCAUCCUCUCCAUCACCUUACAACUGCUCACUGGUGUCUUCCUUCUCCUCCUCGGCAGGGACAACCUGAACGACGUCUACCGGCAGCGCAGGCUGGACCGCUUCAACAACUGGACCACGGGGAUGGUUUUCACCAUCGUGGUCUUAAACGUCUUCAUCGCUGCCUUUGGAUUGCAGAGCUGAUCUGUAUUAACUCACAGGAUGACUGUGGUCUAUGACAAGAGACUCUGGCAUGGAAUGCAGUGGAUCCCUACGCGAGGCACGGGUAUUUGUUUUAGUAGCAGGGUAUAUGAUGGCUUGUUUAGACACGGGUUUGCUUCGUGUUGAUUUACCCUCCAGUGGUAAUGUACAUGUGUAGGUUGCAGUCCAUAUUGUGCAGUUUAGUACUUGUCUGGAUACUGCAUGCAUGUACAGGGGAAGUCCCUUGGAAAAGAACCCCGUGACCGUAUUUUGCCAGGCAUUACUAAACAUUUCUCCUUUCCUCUAUCUUUCCUGUAUAGAUAGAAAAGCUAUAUUUACCAGGAACUGUAUUGAGACCCAGAUUGUAAUAAUAUGUUGCAUUGCAUGGUCAUUGAUUGCACUUUUUUAUUUCCUGUUUCAAAAGUUCUAAACGUGCAGUUCAUGUUUGUUGGUGGCUAGGAUUACUUAAUAAUAGCAGCAAAGUUUUGUGUGUAUGAGUUUGUUUCUGCAUUCAAUAGGGGACGUUGAACAAUAGAGGGUCCCCAAUUCGCGAAGGUCCCCAAUUUGUACAAAACAUAUGGGUACAAAAUGUGUACAAAACAUAUGGGAGGUCUUCCUAAAAAGUUAGAGCACAAACAAAAGAGGGACAAUAGGGGGUCCCCGAUUGCAGGCAAAUACACACUUGUGUAGGUACGUGUAGGUUAGGCUACCCUAUACGCCUGAGGACUUAGGACAAUGGGGGAUUAGUGAUACAUGUAACAAUGACCCCGAGGACCUUAGCCGAGUCCUCGGGAGAAGUUUGUGUACAAACCUUAUGGGAGCUGUCGAGAAAAGUUAAAGUACAUGUACAAACAAAGGGAACAAAAGAAGGGUACAAUAGCGGGUCCUCAUGACUGUGUGAACAUGUUUAUGGUGCAAAUCGAGGACACACUUAUGAAGCAUCAUCGAGUAAUUGAGGACAGGAUUCAAAUUGAGGACGACCUCGAUUAGAAAACGUGUACAAAACCAUUUUGUAUGAACAAAAGAGGAACAAUAGGAAAUCCUUGAUUUUACACCAUAAACAAACAUGGGUGUUUGUGUGUGUGUGUUUAAUACAAAUACAGAGAAUUGGUGGUUGUUUGCUAUCGGGGGAUUUCCUUCAAUUGAGUGGAAUUAUUGCAAAACAGCCGGUAUGUUAAGUGAUCAUUGAAAGUGGCAGAAAAUUGUGACAUAUAUUCUGGCAUUUUAUUCCCCAGAUGCUCUUUACCGUUAUCCAGAGGAUUGCUUUUUGGACACUAAUUAACUCGCAAACUUUUACUAUUUCACCGACAUUGAAUAUAUUCACCUUUAAGGUAAAGCACACUUAUAAAUAUGCGGCAUUAGCUCUUUGUACGCAGUAUAUGAUGCACAUUAUCAAACUGAAAUCUCCUUGGUUCCAUUACCUAGUACAGGUAGCUAAGCUGAUCCAUUUAUAGAAUAUGACAUUUGCAAGUACUGCCUCUCACUGAACCAAGCCAUGCAAAGGACUCACAGCAUUUAAAUAUUACACAUUCACUCUGUUAUUCAUUCAAACAGGGAAAUAUUCCAUUUUCAUGCUAUAGUUCGUCUGAGGUUUUCUAGGGAAGUAGGGUGGGGGUCAUUCCCUCUUUACAAAGGAACCCACGUAACCGAUAAGCCAUUUUCCUGUAUACUGAGGGUCACAAGCUUUUUUAAGUUUGUAAAAUCCAGCUGCACAGUCUGUGCAUUGAGGAGUUGUCUGCUGACAAUCCAUGAAUGGUACUUAUGCUGCAUAACAGAGGACCAUCUUCAUGCAACAGGUUUCCCAAGGCCAAAUGCACAGGGGGUUAGUCUGUCCAUAGAGCUAGGACCUGGCUCUAUGGUCUGUCCAUGGCCACGCUCUGCAUUCACAACAAACAACCUGUACAUGUAUAAACUAGACUGUAAACUGGAACCUUUAUAACCAGUUUUUGUAAUACACUGCCUGGAAAGGGUUUUGACCCGACCCACUGCCCCAGUGAUGUUUUGAUGU